AUGGUUCUUGGCUGUAACCAGAGUAAUAGUGCGAAAGAAUUCAUCCUGGCAGGCUUCCCAAAUCUCAAUGGCACAAGAGUGGAACUGUUUUCUGUGUUUCUUCUUGUCUAUCUGCUGACUCUGACAGGCAACGUACUGAUCGUGGGUGUGGUAGGAGUUGAUACUCGUCUGCAGACCCCCAUGUACUUCUUCCUGGGUAACCUGUCCUGCCUAGAGAUUUUACUCACUUCCGUCAUCAUUCCUAAGAUGCUGAACAAUUUCCUCUCAAGACAAUACACUAUCUCCUUUGCUGCAUGUGUUACCCAAUUCUAUUUCUACUUCUGUCUUGGGGCCUCUGAGUUCCUGCUGUUGGCUGUUAUGUCUGUGGACCGCUAUCUGGCCAUCUGUCACCCUCUGCGCUACCCCUUGCUCAUGAGUGGGGCUGUGUGCUUUCGUGUGGCUUUAGCCUGCUGGAUGGGGGGCCUCCUCCCUGUGCUCGGUCCCACCGUGGCUGUGGCCUUGCUUCCUUUCCGCAAACAGAGUGCUGUGGUGCAGCAUUUUUUCUGUGACAGCGGCCCACUGCUCCGUCUAGCAUGCACAAGCACCGAGAAGCUGGAGAAGACAGAUUUUGCCCUGGCCUCUCUUGUCAUUGUAUCCUCAUUGGUGAUCAUAGCUGCGUCCUAUGGCCACAUAAUCCGGGCUGUUCUGCGCAUCCCCUCUGCCUCAGGCCGCCAGAAGGCCUUCUCAACCUGCACUUCCCACCUGAUGGUGGUGACCCUCUUCUAUGGAAGUGCCAUUUUUCUCUAUGUGCGGCCCUCCCAGAGCGGCUCUGUGGAAUCCAACUGGUCAGUGACGGUGAUAACCACAUUCGUGACACCACUGCUAAAUCCAUUCAUCUAUGCCUUGCGCAAUGAGGGUGUCCAGGAAGCCUUAAAAGAUAUGUUUAGAAAGAUAGCAAUGGAAUAUUUAGGAAAUCUUUUACUUGCUAAGACUUUCCAUAAGAAAACAGGAAAGUGA